GAUCUCAUUUUACACUGUGCCUGACCGUCUUUCCCAUUGCCCUCACGAUGUUUGGGAAGAUGGGAGUCUGGAUGGAGGAAAGAAAGUAGCCCACAUUGUGUGCUCCUGGUCACUAUCCAGUAUCCCUGCUAGAAACAGAGCGUGUGUGACAGUCAUAUGAGGAAAAAGUAAGAAUUUGGAUAUGAUCCCCUCCCCUGCAGGUAGACUGGCACUCACUUGUGGAACAGCCUCUUACUGAAGAGUCAGCCCGUUCAGCAAAGGACAAGAGGUAGUUGGAGGAAAUCAUGUUUCCUUUCUGUAUUUUACAGAAAGAAUGCACCAUACUAUACCAGAGAAUACAGAGAGGAUUCUGACCAUCACCCAAGGAACAACUGCACAACUGUGAGAAGACAUCCAGCCCUUCACAGCAUUGCUCAACACAGAGAAGGUUGGGCUGUGAAACCAUCAUCUGGAAAUUGGUCAGGUCAGGGGAGCUUUGACAUCUCAUCAGAUCUGAAACUGGUCAGUGGGUGUGGAGCCUUCCAUCGAAACCAACUUUUCUGAAGGUUCAGCUGUAGGUGAUCGGUCAGGGUGAGGCUGGGAAGAAGUGUGAGUGGCUCCAAGUGUAGUGAGAGCUUCAACCAUUCAUUGAACCUCAUGAACCCCUGACUCAUUUGUAUAAAUGAAAGGCUGUUCAAGUAUGAGGUGUAUGAGGAGGGCUUCACAGGCUCAUAAGAUCUCCUGACGGUAGGGUGCAUCAUUGAAGAGCUACAUGGAAGUGAAACCAUUCACACAUGAUAUGUGGAACCGAAACUACACUCAAUUGAGAGCCAUGAGAGACAAAAUUAUUGAUAGAGGCCACAAGACUUUCAGCUGCAAGCUGUGUGACAAAUCAUUCUCACAGUCAUCAUCCCUUCAUGUGCACCAACGCAUUCACACAGGAGAGAAACCAUUUACCUGUGAGGUGUGUGACAAAUCAUUCUCAGAUUCAUCAACCCUCCGCAAACACCAACGCAUUCACACAGGAGAGAAGCCAUUCUCGUGUGAAGUUUGUGACAAAUCGUUCUCUGAUUCAUCGAACUUCCGUGCACACCAACGUAUUCAUACUGGGGAGAAACCGUUCACGUGUGAAGUGUGCAACAAAUCAUUUUUGAAGGUAACAAACCUCCGUGCACACCAGCGCAUUCACACAGGGGAGAAACCAUUCACAUGUGAGGUGUGCAACAAAUCAUUUUCAAAAUUAACAAACCUCCGCAGACACCAACACAUUCACACGGGGGAGAAGCUGUUCUCCUGCGAAGUCUGUGAGAAAGCCUUUACACAGUCAUCGAACCUCCUAGACCAUCAGACAGUACACACAGGAGAGAAACCCUUCAAAUGUGAAAUUUGUGAUAAAGCUUUUGCUACAUCUACAAGGCUGCUGAGACACCAGAGGAUCCACACAGGGGAGAAACCAUUCAAAUGUUACAUUUGUGAGAUGUCUUUUAUCCAAACCUCUGAUCUCCUGAGACACCAGCGGAUUCACACAGGGAGGAGCGUGCGUCAUGGGGUCCUACAGGCCUUCUGUAGAGACGUGGCACACGCGAAUCUGAGGACCGGAGGGUCCUGCUUGUGUUCCUGGGCGAUCGAGGGCGCAGAUGUCUGGUUUAAGGAGGAGCGUGCGUCACGGGGUCCUGCAGGCCUUCUGCAGAGGCGUGGCACGCGCGAAUCUGAAGACCGGAGGGUCCUGCGGGAGGUGGUUUUUGAGUGUGAGGAGAGUUCCCAGCCUGGUAAUAUCUCUUUACACAUAAGGUGCAUCUGUUGUUUGACUAUUAACAUAGAAAAGACUGUUAACUACAUGGAAGAGAAACAUUUCAAGUGUGACAUGUGUGACCGAGCUUUUGCAAGGUCCUCGAUGCUUGUGAAUCACCGACACAGUCACACUGGGGAGAAGCCAUUCAAAUGCGAGGAGUGUAACAAGGGCUAUGCACGAUUAUCGGGUCUGGUGAUUCAUCGGCGAGUUCAUACUGGGAAAAAACCAUUCACCUGUGUGGUGUGUGAGAAAUCAUUCUUACAGUCCUCAACCCUCCUCAUGCACCAACGCAUUCACACAGGAGAGAAACCAUUCACAUGCAAGAUUUGCAAUAAAUCAUUCUCACAGUCCUCAACACUUGUUGUACACAAACGCAUUCACACUGGGGAGAAACCAUUCACAUGCGAGGUGUGUGACAAAUCAUUCUCAUCAUCAUCAGAACUCCGUGUACACCAACGCAUUCACACAGGAGAGAAACCAUUCAGUUGUGAGUUGUGUGAUAAAUCAUUCUUUAGGUCAUCAGAACUCCGUGUCCAUCAACGCAUUCACACCGGGGAGAAGCCAUUCACCUGCGAAGUAUGUGACAAAUCAUUCUCAUCAUCAUCGCACCUUCGUGUCCACCAACGUAUUCACACAGGGGAGAAACCAUUCACCUGUAAAGUGUGUGACAAAUCAUUCUCAUCAUCAUCAAACCUUCAUGUGCACCAACGUAUCCACACAGGGGAGAAACCAUUCAAGUGUGAGAUGUGUGACAAAUCAUUCUCUCAGUCAGGAGACCUCUGCACACAUCAUCUCAUUCACACAGGGGAGAAACUGUUUAAAUGUGAGAUGUGUGAGAAAUCAUUCUCCAACUCAUCGAGACUCCUGCGCCAUCAGAUGAUUCACACGGGAGAAAAGCCUUUCAGGUGUGAGAUGUGUGGCAAAUUAUUUUCACAGUUAGGAGACCUCCACAGUCACCAACGCAUUCACACAGGGGAGAAACCAUACACGUGUGAUGUGUGCAUGAAAUCAUUCUCGCAUUCAUCAACCCUCCGCAGACACCAACGUAUUCACUCAGUGGAUAAACCGUUUGCUUGUGAGGUUUGUGAUAAAUCAUUCUCAAAGUCAUUGAGAUUUCUGCUUCAUCAGAGGACCCACAAAGGGAAGAAACUAUUUCCAUGUGAAGUGUGUCAUAAAUUAUUUGCAAAUUCAUCGAAUCUCCGCAGACACAAAAGCAUCCACACAGGAGAGAAACCAUUCACAUGUGAGAUGUGUGACAAAUCGUUCUCAAAAUCAUGGAACCUCCUGCUCCAUCAGAGGAUCCACACAGGGGAGUAACCUUUCAACUGUGAGGUUUAACAUUUUGUGCUGAUUUCAACCACCUGGAACACUAUCGGAUUGACACAGGAGAGAAAUUCUUCAGGUGUGAUGUCCGUGACUAUUUUUGCUGAGUCAGCAUAUCUCCUCGUCCAUCAAUGCUUUCACUGGGGAGACACCCUGUCAGAGUCAGUUCACACAGUUGUUGGAUCUCUUGGAACAUCAGCAAACACAUACCAGAGCAACCGUGCCUGUGCCAGGAUUGUUUCAUAUCCUUCUCUUCUCACUACAGACUAACAUCUGCAACUGGCUGUGUUGCUGGGUCACCUGCACUGAGAACUGUCUGUGUUAUUUACCAUCCAGUGCUCAGACAGGAGAGCUGACAUUCCAAAGCACUGUCUCUCUCAGCAGGGUCUGUCUUAAACCUCUCCCACCAUCAGGCCAAUCAUUUCAAGAAGGUCAAUCUCACCUUUUGACCAGAUCACCAAACAUCACAAAAGAAGACACAAGAAGAGGGUCAGUUCAGCUAUAAUGUUUGUAAUGAGCUCACUGUGCAGGAUGUUCAGUGGGACUGGGACACAGAACAAGAAGCAGCUUUCACUCCCAUCAAACAACUAGUGAUGACAUCACCAGUGCUGAGGGAUGAUGAUGUAACAAUGGAGUCACCCUGCAGUGUGAUGUCAGUGAAACAGGACUUGGAGUAACCCCCAUGCAGUGAGGACAACCCGCUGUGUUUGUAUCCAGAGCGCCAGCACAAAUUGAACAGCACUACAUAGAUUGAGAAAGAGAGCCUGCCUACUGAUUUUGCUUAUGAGCUUUUCAACCAAUAGUUGUUUGGAAGAGGGAAAGUGUCAGUGGAAUCUGACCACAUGCCAAUUCAAAGCAUCUUUCGAAAACCAUUACUGAGUUCUCCAAAGCAUUUUCAGAGUAUGUUACUGAUAUGACCAGGAUGCACCUAUCUCUCUUUUUAGUCUCACUACUCCACAGGCACAACAUAAAGGUAACUGUUUUACUCUGUUCCCAAUAUGGCCAAUCUUAUGCUGAGUCAAUAUUAGACUUAGAAUAAAAAGAUACACCAACCUAUUUGCUUUAAUCAGGACAACGUUAUUGACUUAUUAUGAAAGAACUUAUUCAUUGAAGGUGUAGAAGUGGUUAACACACAGUUUGCAAUUGAAAAUAUAAAUAUUCCCCCCCCCCCCACCACACACACACACAUAUCAGGUAAAGAAGAAAAUAAUGAUUCUUUUGUAGAAAUUUAUAUUGGAGAAAAGCACUCUUGGUGAAUACAGGUUAUUUCUUGAAGAAAAAAGAAACAAGGUGUGGAAUGUGCAGCUAACUAUCAACCUGGUGUUCUGGCAUCUAUAGACGGGUCAUUAUCUCUGGAUCUUGGCAGAUGCACCUUGCCUAAGAAACACAGUUUUGGAACGUUUGUAAUACCAAACUGUACCAAAACAGUCUGGCAUUUCAGUUUUUAAAUUUUUCCACAAAAGCAGAUGGGUUGCAAAUUACAUAUACUGGUGAUUCCCUGUAGCAAAUGUGGACGUAUGCUUCAAAAUGUAAUCUUAAGGUUUCUUUGUCCUCUGUGGAUGAUCUAUUUUAGUGUCAAUGAACUUUUCAGAAAAGUAUCCAUAGACUUCUCUAUGUCUGGCUCAUCUUCUUGUAACAGGACUGCAUCUAGUCCCAAGUCACAGCAUCAAUUACUACCUUCAAGGGUUUAAUGAAAUUAGGGGCAGCAACACUGGUCCAUUUAUUAAAAUGACUUUCAGCUCCUUGAAAGCUGUUUGAUAAUUAUCUAAACAAAAACAGAAAUUUCUGGAAAAGCUCAGCAGGUCUGGCAGCACCUGUGGAGAGAAAUCGGAGUUAAAGUUUCAGGUUGAGUGACCCUUUCUCAGAACUUGUUGUUUCUGAUUUACAGCAUCUGCAAUUUGACAAUCUCCUGACCUCGUUACUCUAAUUUUCUUUCGUAAAUCUGUCAAUGGAGCAUAAACUUAAGAUUGAAAUCACAUAUCCCUGAAAAUCUUCCUAAUUUCAGCUUUAGUUUUAGGGCCAGGGAACUCAACCAAAGUCUGUACUUUUGCUGUUCUUGGCAGCAGUUGUCCUUGCCCUAUUGUAGGUUCUAAAUGCUUUGCCUGCACAUUUGCAGACUUUGGCAUCAAACCAGUUGGUUGUAAUUUUCUAAAAGAACUUUUGAUUGUUCCAAGUGGUUCUUCCAUUAUUCCCCACAUACCAGUACAUACACAGUGAGGGACUCUUGGUGCAUGAGUCUCUGGAGAGUGGCUCGGUUAUCCUUUAACCUGAAUCACAUCACUCAGCACUGGAAAAGACUGUCCAAUGUGACAAAGUUUGAAAUCUCUUUUAGUUAUGGUACCCUUUUAACAAAUCUAUUUUAGUAAGAAAUCUAGUACUGUAGUCUCUAAUGAUACAGCUUUCUGACCAAGGAAUUGAGUAGACGUCUGGCUUUGUUACUGCAUUAACCAUCCUGUAAUAUGCAAAAUCUAGAUUGAGCAUCAAUCUUAAGCACUAUCAUGACAGGGGACUUCUGGCUAGGUUCACUUCAGUGGUUUUUCAACAUGGAUUGGAUUUCUCCUUUCAUGUGGGCCUUGUUUUACUCAACCUAAAUGAUAAGCAUGUUAUUUUAUUUUGAUGAGUCACCAAAUUUGAAAUGUUAGCUCAGCUUUCUCCCCAUAGAUGCCAUCAGACCUGCUGAGUUUCACCAGCAAUUCUUGUUUUUGUUUCACAUCUUCAGCAUUUGCAGUUCUUUAUUUCAGGUCACUUUGUUGGUCUGCAUAUGAAUAUGAGGGCAUGAUGUCUGUCCUCUCUAACAGUUCAGUAUUAACUAACCAGAUAGUAACUUCAACAUAUUGAUGUGACACAUCCUAUUCUUCUGGUGAUCUAGGGUGUCAGUUCAAAUAAUUGCUUUAGCAAUUCUUUUGACUACACAGAGGGAUCACUGAACAACACUUUCAUUGGACAAUGCUUGAUAUCUGUUGGGGAAGCUCCUGUAUUUAAUCAUUAAGAAGGCUUGGAUAAUUGUGAAGAGUCAGCAUGGUUUUGUGGAAGAUAAAUCAUGUUUAACCAACUUAUCGAUGUUUUCUGGAGGAGUAAUGUACUGUGGACAAGGGGAAGUCUGUUGAAUUACUAUACUUGGAUUUCCAGAUGGCAAUUGAUAAGGUGCUCCAGGAAGUUGGGACAAUUCUAGAUGUCUCGAUGUCUAA